AUGGCAGUGUCUGUGACAGUGUACGCGUGUGUGAGAGUGUCUGUGGCAGGGUACGUGUGUGUGAGCCUGUCUGUGGCAGGGUAUGUGUGUGUUAGUGUGUCUGUGGAAGGGUACGUGUGUGCGAGAGUGUCUGCGGCAGGAUACGUGUGUGCGAGAGUGUCUGUGGCAGGGUACGUGUGUGUGAGAGUGUCUGCGGUAGGAUACGUGUGUGUGAGAGUGUCUGCGGCAGGGUACGUGUGUGUGAGAGUGUCUGCGGUAGGAUACGUGUGUGUGAGAGUGUCUGUGGCAGGGUACGCGUGUGUGAGAGUGUCUGUGGCAGGCUACGCGUGUGUGAGAGUGUCUGUGACAGGGUACGCGUGUGUGAGAGUGUCUGAGGCAGGGUACGCGUGUGUGAGAGUGUCUGUGACAGGGUAUGCGUGUGUGAGUGUCUGCGAUAGGAUACUUUGUGUGAGAGUGUCUGUGACAGGGUACGUGUGUGUGAGAGUGUCUGUGGCAGGAUACGUGUGUGUGAGAGUGUCUGUGGCAGGGUACGUGUGUGUGAGAGUGUCUGAGGCAGGGUACGUGUGUGUGAGAGUGUCUGAGGCAGGGUACGUCUGUGUGAGAGUGUCUGUGGCAGGAUACGCGUGUGAGAGAGUGUCUGGGGCAGGGUACACGUGUCUGAGAGUGUCUGCGGCAGGGUACGUGUGUGAGAGUGUCUGUGGCAGGGCACGUGUGUGUGAGAGUGUCUGUGGCAGGGUACGUGUGUGUGAGAGUUUCUGUGACAGAGUACGCGUGUGUGAGAGUGUCUGUGGCAGGAUACGCGUGUGUGAGAGUGUCUGUGACAGAGUACGCGUGUGUGAGAGUGUCUGCGGCAGGAUACGUGUGUGUGAGAGUGUCUGCGGCAGGGUACGUGUGUGUGAGAGUGUCUGCGGCAGGGUACGUGUGUGUAAGAGUGUCUGCGGCAGGGUACGUGUGUGUGAGAGUGUCUGCGGCAGGAUACGUGUGUGUGAGAGUGUCCGUGACAGAGUACGUGUGUGUGAGAGUGUCUGAGGCAGGGUACGUGUGUGCGAGAGUGUCUGUGGUAGGUUACGCGUGUAUGAGAGUGUCUGUGGUAGGUUACGCGUGUAUGAGAGUGUCUGCGGCAGGGUACGUGUGUGUGAGAGUGUCUGCGGCAGGGUACGUGUGUGUGAGAGUGUCUGUGACAGAGUACGUGUGUGUGAGAGUGUCUGCGGCAGGAUACGUGUCUAUGAGAGUGUCUGCGGCAGGAUAUGUGUGUGAGUGUCUGUGACAGUGUUCGCGUGUGUGAGAGUGUCUGUGGCAGGGUACGUGUGUGUGAGAGUGUCUGUGGCUAGGUACGUGUGUGUGAGAGUGUCUGUGACUGGGUAUGUGUGUGUGAGAGUGUCUGCGGCAGGAUACGCGUCUAUGAGAGUGUCUGCGGCAGGAUAUGUGUGUGAGUGUCUGUGACAGUGUACGCGUGUGUGAGAGUGUCUGUGGCAGGGUACGUGUGUGUGAGCCUGUCUGUGGCAGGGUAUGUGUGUGUUAGUGUGUCUGUGGAAGGGUACGUGUGUGCGAGAGUGUCUGCGGCAGGAUACGUGUGUGCGAGAGUGUCUGUGGCAGGGUACGUAUGUGUGAGAGUGUCUGCGGUAGGAUACGUGUGUGUGAGAGUGUCUGCGGCAGGGUACGUGUGUGUGAGAGUGUCUGCGGUAGGAUACGUGUGUGUGAGAGUGUCUGUGGCAGGGUACGCGUGUGUGAGAGUGUCUGUGGCAGGCUACGCGUGUGUGAGAGUGUCUGUGACAGGGUACGCGUGUGUGAGAGUGUCUGAGGCAGGGUACGCGUGUGUGAGAGUGUCUGUGACAGGGUAUGCGUGUGUGAGUGUCUGCGAUAGGAUACUUUGUGUGAGAGUGUCUGUGACAGGGUACGUGUGUGUGAGAGUGUCUGUGGCAGGAUACGUGUGUGUGAGAGUGUCUGUGGCAGGGUACGUGUGUGUGAGAGUGUCUGAGGCAGGGUACGUGUGUGUGAGAGUGUCUGAGGCAGGGUACGCGUGUGUGAGAGUGUCUGUGACAGGGUACGCGUGUGUGAGUGUCUGCGAUAGGAUACGUGUGUGUGAGAGUGUCUGCGGCAGGGUACGUGUGUGUGAGAGUGUCUGCGGUAGGAUACGUGUGUGUGAGAGUGUCUGUGGCAGGGUACGCGUGUGUGAGAGUGUCUGUGGCAGGCUACGCGUGUGUGAGAGUGUCUGUGACAGGGUACGCGUGUGUGAGAGUGUCUGAGGCAGGGUACGCGUGUGUGAGAGUGUCUGUGACAGGGUACGCGUGUGUGAGUGUCUGCGAUAGGAUACUUUGUGUGAGAGUGUCUGUGACAGGGUACGUGUGUGUGAGAGUGUCUGUGGCAGGAUACGUGUGUGUGAGAGUGUCUGUGGCAGGGUACGUGUGUGUGAGAGUGUCUGAGGCAGGGUACGUGUGUGUGAGAGUGUCUGAGGCAGGUUACGUGUGUGUGAGAGUGUCUGUGGCAGGAUACGUGUGUGUGAGAGUGUCUGUGGCAGGGUACGUGUGUGUGAGAGUGUCUGUGACAGGGUACGCGUGUGUGAGUGUCUGCGAUAGGAUACGUGUGUGUGAGAGUGUCUGUGACAGGGUACGUGUGUGUGAGAGUGUCUGUGGCAGGAUACGUGUGUUUGAGUGU